CCGAUCACGCCGAGCCCACACUUCGGUUUUGGCCGCCAGCGAGGCAACACACGUCUUUUAGCGCCGCUUUUGCCACGCGCGCGCGCGUCACGCAAUUGUUUCAGAGCUUUCGGUAGUUUUGGGUCGUCGGCACGUCGCGAUCGUGAUCACGCGGUUUCACAGUCACCCAGCGGUAAUAAUAUGUUUAUAGUGCUCUUGUUUCUUGAUCUGACCACCGAUCCGCGCUAAUUACAGUGCCGCGUCGAUUGAUCGGAAAGCCUACGCAAUCACCUUUUCGGUUUCUGGUGACAGUGUCGAUUUUUUUAUUAAAGCGAAAGUUCAACCUCCAGAAAGUUCGACGACUUCGGCGAGUCCGAUCAAUACGACGAAAAGAAACGAUACCGAAAAACAAAAACGCGCGUACGCGCCACACACUCUUCGCGUACGAACUGCGCGACGACCUGGCGCUGGAUUCCGCUGAUACAGCAGUGUGAUGCCGCCCCAGAACUCGAUCGAGCUGACGACCAAACCGGAGGCGGAGAAUGGCGCCACGGGCAAGCUGCUCGCCAACGGUAACGGUAACGGCGACACGGAGAAAGCAAAGGAGGAUCCACCCACCACGACGCUGAUCGUACCGCCGGACGGUGGCUGGGGCUGGCUGGUGAUGGUUGCAUCCUUCUUCUGCAACGUGAUCGUCGACGGUAUUGUGAUGAACGUCGGCAGCUUCCUGGGCCCAAUCCGCGACGAGUUUGGCGUAAGCGAGGCCGAAGUGGCACUGGUCAGCUCGCUGCUGAGCGGGUUCUACCUGCUGACCGGUCCGUUCGUCAGUGCGCUUGCUAACCGUUGGGGAUUCCGGAUCGUCACCAUCAUCGGUUCGGUGGUGGCCGCCGUCGGCUUCUUCGUUUCCCAGUACGCGACCAGUAUCGUGUUCCUGUACGUGACGUUCGGUUUCAUUGGCGGGGUGGGCUUUUGCUUCAUCUACGUCCCGUCGGUCAUUACCGUCGGGUACUACUUCGAGAAGUGGCGUGCCGUGGCGACGGGCAUUGCGCUGUGCGGUUCGGGCGUCGGUACGUUCAUCUUCUCGCCCGUCAACGCGAUGCUGAUCGAGUCGCUCGGCUGGCGCAGUGCGCUGGUAGCACAGGCCGCCAUCAUACUGCUGUGCAUUGCUUGCGGUGCCAUCUUCCGCCCGAUCCAACCGACCGAGGUGACGGCCACCAAGGCGGCAGACACACCGGCCGACAAGGGCAUUCUGCUGGGCGAGGGUCUGCCGGUCGUCUACACGCGCCCGCUGCCCGAGGGCCGGUACGCGUACUCGAUGCCGAACAGCUCACACAACACGUGGAUGGGAGCGAACCCGAACUACCAGUACCCGACGGCGGCCGAGAUCUUCCGUCAGGGCAGUGGGCACAACCUCGAUCGUCGUCCGUCGCACACCUCGGGCCAGCUGGUGAGCCACAACCUUCAGAGCACUACGAAGAAGCUGGAAAAGAUCCAGAAGCGGCUCGCCGGGCAGAUGACUCCGGACGAUACGAUCCAUGCGCACGGCUACCCGACGGCACACCACGAGCUCAAUCCAGUCGGUGAGGCGGACGAGGAGGAGACGGAGAAUGGCACGCUGCUGGCCGCGCCAGAGCAACAGUCUGUCACCAUUACGACGGCGGCCGGUCGCCGACACACCGUGUCGGGCAGACGGCCCAACGAACCGGCCAGCUCAAGACACGGCUCUAGGCGCACCCUGAACGAUGGCGCACGUCCAAUGUAUCGUGAUGAUAUCUUCUUCACCGGAUCGCUGGCACGCAUUCCCCAGUACAAGUCGCAGACAUCGCUCGGCUACCACAUGUCCGUCACCCGGUUGCCUACCCAGGCCGACGUGGAGGAGACGGAGACGGAACAGUGCAUGGUGUGCCCGGAGGCGGUCCGCCGCACGCUGGUCACUAUGCUGGACAUGUCGCUGCUGAAGUCCAUCUCGUUCAUGAUGCUAGCGUUCAGCGGGUUCCUCACGAUGAUGGGCUUCUUCGUGCCGUUCCUGUACGUCAAGCAACGGGCGGUGGCCGGUGGUAUGGCGGAUGAAGUGUCGACGUUCAUUGUAUCGGCUAUUGGCAUUUCCAACACGAUUGCUAGGGUGGUUUGUGGAGUGUUGACGUCAUUCAAGAACAUUAACGCACUGCACCUGAACAACGUAGCGAUCACGCUCGGAGGAAUAGCGACCAUGAUGAGUGGCAUGUAUAUUACCGAGGUCUAUCAGUUUACGUAUGCAGCCAUUUUCGGACUUGCCAUCGCAUGCUUCUCGGCACUCCGUUCAAUUCUGGUCGUCGACCUGAUGGGACUGGAAAAACUGACCAACGCCUUCGGUAUACUGUGCCUGUUCCAGGGUAUCGCCGCUUUCCUUGGUGCACCGAUUGCUGGAUACUUUACCGAGAUGACCGGUACCUAUGAUGCGUCGUUCUACAUUUCCGGUGCACUAAUUACGCUCUCGGCCGUUCUCUGCUACCCGCUAGCCUUUGUCAAUCGAUGGGAAAAGCAACGCGCUGCUAAAAAAGACUCACAGAAGGUGUAAACACUGCUGCCAACUAGACAGUGAACACUUCCGAGCCGGAGGGUUUUAAUGAAGGAGCCGGUGUUGGUUUAAUGUACGAUAUCGAGGAAGCAAGAUAUCGCCAACCGUACACGAUGAUGUCAUCAUGCGACAAUGCUACCGAUGGUAGGGCUCUGUAAGGAACGCAAUUCGGUGCUAUUUAUCAUUGAUAGGCUCUCACAUACGGCUCUUACUGUUGACACAGUCAACAAUCAUGGCCACCCCGGGUCGGAAGCAACUGAAUUAAGUAAGCUAGUAGUAGUAGUAGUAGUAAGGUAGUGUUUGAAUGAUUUGCUCAUCCAAUAGCAUAUUGCUAAAUCUGGGCCCGGAAGUUGCCGAUGAUCAUUUGCUUACACCCGGUGCGGUUCUAAAGCGAUGUUGCGAACGAUGGAAAGGAUCGUUUCCGCACAGGAGCUUAAAGCUUACGCUAGAACACAUCAUCAAACGCCAGCUAGUGGAAUAAGCAGGAACUAAAUUUGCAAUACUGUACGUGCUUCCAAGCAAAUAAGCUUAACGAUAGUAAUAGCUUUAGUUAACGAGUUAACGAGUGUACUGUGUUGAGCCAACAUUCAUCCCCAUUUACUUGUCAUUUUUUAAGGUUUUUAAACAUGAUAACAUUAACAGCUACGAACACAACGAUCCAAUUCGCUUUUGUUUGCAUAUUUAAGGCUAUUACAUAUAUACAUACACACAGGCCUUUAUGGAUGUAACGCUUUUUGUUAUAGAAAUUAAAUGCAGUUCCACAAUGUUGUACGUUUACGGAGACUGACCAACGGUCAGCAUUAAGUGUGACCGCAAAUACAGAGAGAGACAGAGAGAGCGCGAGGGUGUUAAAAAGUACACUAAAACCAUUUGCUAAACACACAUACAAUAGGAACAAACACAAACAAAUUGGCUCCAGCAACCGAUCCCAAAAGUGCAAGAGUACACACACACACACUCAAACAAAAAUAAAACCACACGGUUUCACUCUACAAUAGAACAAAAAGAAAACGUUAGACAAAUAGCAGCCGUAGUUCCUACCUUUGCCAUACAACUGAAAACCACUGUCAAGCCCCGAUGCCGAGAUGCUGUUUCACUGCAGACGCCGUCUAGAGAAAACGGAACCCAUUAAUUAUUAUUUGAAUUUGUAAUUUUACACACCUCAUUAACGGACUUCUUCACACCUCCUUCUUGUGUUUCGGAAUUCCCUGUGCAAUAAAGUGUCUGCCCUUCUCCGUCUUCCGGCCGUGAAAGCCAGGGUGUGUGUAUGUGCGUACACACGUGUACAGCAAAGCCAAGCCAAUCCCCCAACAGCAAGUUGGAAGUCAAUAGCACCCCAAUACGUGAAUAAAUUAUCUGUGAUAUCAGCAUAUACAUAUGAGCUAUCUUUAUAAUAUGUUGUUGAUAUAAUCCGCAGACAUCACACGGACGGACGGGGUGGGGUUCGAUCGUGUGCGACCCGCAGCCCCACAACAAAACACAUCAACACCGUUCUUACGUUUCCAAUUUCUAUAAGAUACAGUCGCCUCCUCCUGUACGGUGUGCACCGGGGGACGACUGUUAGUUCUUCCCGCCCCACCAAGCCUAGGAAGAUUAUUAAAGCCAACAUCAGUAACAUCCAUUCUUACAUCCAACCACCACACACAUAGCAGUAGCUUUUAAGCAAUACAACGCGUACCGUUAAGAUUGAAAUAAAUAAGAAUUGUCUGGAAUUUGUACAUUUUA